AUGUCUAGUUACUCUGUUGGCCCUGAGCUGCAGGUCCUCAGCCCUGGGGUGGGCUAUGGCAUCAUUGCGGGAAUAGGCGCGGUCUUCAGUCUGGUCAUGAUUCUAACCUCACGCUUCCAGAACCGAUACUUUGCCUUUUCGACAAAACAAUCGGAAGAAUUCAAUACAGCUUCACGAAGUGUCAAGCCUGGCCUUAUAGUUGCAGGGAUCGUCUCUGCGUGGACUUGGUCGGCCACGCUAUUAACCAGCUCCACGUUCGCCUACGCCUUCGGGAUUUCGGGCCCAAUGUGGUACGCGGCACUUGGUUCGUCCCAGGUGAUUCUGUUUGCUAUGCUCUCACUUCGAGUCAAGAGAGACGUUCCCGGUGCACAUACGUUCCCAGAAAUUGUGCUUGCCCGUCACGGUCAUGUGGCGCAUGGAAUUUUCACAUUCUUUGGCUGGGUGGUAAAUAUGUUCGUUGGUGCAUCGUUGAUCCUUGGUGGAUCACAAGUUCUGGCAGGACUAUCUGGGGUCAACGUCUAUGCCGCUUGCUUCAUCAUUCCCAUCGCUGUGGCGGCAUAUGUCAUCCAAGGAGGUCUUCGCAGUACCUUCGUUGCCGACUAUCUCCACACCGUGAUACUUUUUGUGGCUAUCUUCAUAUUUGCCUUCACUCUCUACACUUCAGACGACUAUGCUGGCAGUCCAGGUCGAGUCUAUGAUCUAUUAGUCGAGGCAUCCAAGGCAACUCCGCUCCCGGGAAACCGUCACGGCUCGUGGCUGACGUUUCAAUCGGACACGGGCCUCAAAUUCGCAGCCUUGAUCUUCUUGGGCAGUUUCUCUGUCGUAUGGUUGGAUCAAGCUUACUGGCAACGCGCUAUUGCUUCGAAGCCGGAGACGAGCGUCAAGGCAUAUCUGUUGGGCGGUCUUGCCUGGUAUGGUAUACCCUAUGCCUUUGCUACUGCCAUGGGACUAGGUGCCGUUGCAUUGACAAGUUCGCCAUCGUUCCCUACGUAUCCCAACCCCCUUACACCUGCGCAGGUUGGAGGUGGAUUCUCAGCCCCUGCGACAGCGAUUGCCUUAAUGGGCAAGAAUGGCGCCGCCUUGAUGCUUUUGUCGCUCUUCAUGGCAGUUACAUCUGCAACCUCGGCUGAGCUCAUCGCCGUCUCGUCUUUGUGGACAUUCGACGUCUACAAACUCUACAUCAAUCCUUCGGCAUCGUCUUCGCAAUUGGUUGCUCAAUCGCAUUACGGCAUCGUAGUAUAUUCCUUGACAUUGGCAGCCUUCUGCUGCGGACUGAGUGCCAGUGGGAUCGACAUCACAUGGCUGAUGACUGUAGGUGGAGUGAUUUGUGGUGGAGGCGGUAUACCGUUGGGUCUCCUAGUUCUUUUUCCCGAAUGGGUUUCGACCACAGCCGCCAUUGGAGCUCCUCUGGUUGCAACACCUUCAGGAUUGAUCGCCUGGUUUGUUACUACACACAUCAGAUCAGGAUCAAUCACUGCUGUCACAACUGGUGAUCUGACCAACUCUUUAGUCGGAAGUGCCACCGCCUGUGGCACAGGUGCAGUUGUGGUCCUCGUUCUGACCAUCCUCCUCCCAUACAAGUACACUUCGACAGAUCCCGCACAUAUAGCCCGUGUCCAAAAGAUUCGAGGAACCGUGCCUCUGCAAGGACAGGAACCUAUCAACGAAGCAGGUCUGACUGUGAGUGAGACAAUCAUUGAGACGAAACCUGGAAAAUCUGGCGAGCCCGAUACCGAGAAAGCAGCGAAAAGCGCUUCGCCCGUCGAAGCAGGGGCUCCGACAGGUAAUGAGAUUGUUGACUUUCUGACUGCCAACCACAUCGAGCCUCUGGACUUCAACGCUUAUCGUCGAGCCCGACGUCUGGCUUACUGGAGUUGUGCGGUAUUCUUCGUUGUUGCCAUUGUGUUGUUCCCAUUCACAUUCUAUGGCACUGGGUAUAUUUUUACCAAAGCCGCAUUCACAGGCUGGGUGGUCGUGAGUUUGAUCUGGGUGUUUCUCAGCGCCUUAGCCUGCAUUGUUUGGCCGCUUGUGGAAAGCUACCCAACUUUGAGGGAUAUGACCAAAAUGCUUAUCCACGACGUGUCGUCGAGGAAGCCGAACACAGCCACUACAGCCAAUAAUACUCCAGCGGAACUCUAG